UGUAAUGAACACACUGCUGAUCUGAUCAUGUCGGCGGCGUGGACAGCGCGCCAGGGGGAAGUGGGUGAUCUGAGAAGCAAGAGUAAAGAUGAGCUCCUUGAGAUACUCUCUCGACAAGAAAAGUUACUGUCUAAUAAGAGAUUUGUUCAGAGCCUCCCAGAUAAGGGAAAGAAGAUUGCUGACUUUGUGGUGAAAGUACAUCUUGCACUUGGACAUCUGGAGGAGGAAGAGAGAAAACAAGCAAAUUUAAUCUCUGUCCGGACAGAGUUACAGGCUAAAUAUCAGCAAGCCCUUGCCAAUCGGAGCACAGAUAAGCAUUUAGGCUCAAAUUUGGACAUGAUUAUUCCAUCCCAUGACGGAAAGGAAGCCAAUGUUAAUAUUGAUGAGGCUAACAUACAGGAAAAUGGUGGUUUGUUUGGCCAAGAGGAGUCUUUGACAUCCCGGCUGCAGGUUGCUGAAACACUAGGAAAAGCCAGUGGGAAUGCACCAGCCUCACUAAUGAAAGACACAGAGCUUGUGGAGGCGUUUGGACGAGUAACACUUGCUGAAAGUAACCACUCCUCCAACCAAGGCACCAUCAAAACCCUGCCUUCUAGUAAGCCCUUUCUGGGUAAUCAGCUUCAGAAGAAACCACAUUACGUAGAGGUCCUGGAGAGGACAGAGAAAAGUGUGAAUAUGAGGAAGCCCAGAUUCAAACCAAACCAGUUAAGUGUAAAAUCGACAUCUACAUCACCUAGUCAGGCCUCUGGCAGCACCACACCAUUUACUGCAGAGGCCAGAAGACAACAAGACCGAAAACACCUGGAUGACAUUACUUCGGCUAAGCUUCCACCUCUGCACCACAGUCCUGCCCAGCUGCUGUCAUUAGAGGAGUCUUCUGACCUUCAGCAAGAGCAGACCAGAAGGCACCUGGAGUUGCAGGCCAAACAAGCUGCCCAGAAGCUGGCAGAUGGUCUGAGUAUCAGGAUGGAGAGUUACAACCCAGAAGGAGGCCCACUGGAGGCCUACAGAGAGGUACAUGAUGAUGGGGCCCAGCUUUCCUCAGAGGAGGACUGACCGUGGGGCCCUACAGGCAGGGUACUGGCUUGCUGAUAUGUUUGGCCUCUUGCCCUGGACCAGCUCUCGGCCUUGAGCCCAUGCUUCAGGACCCUGGAGAGAGGCUUUUAAGCCUGAGGACAAGAGGAUGUCUCUUCAUGAACUGCACUGACAAUGCUUUCAGAUUCUGCCAGGGAAGAUAAAACAGCAGGUUGAAUCAAGUUGAGAGUUAUUGUGUUGAAAACCCGAACAUUUUUGCAUGUGGAAAUGUUACUAUCCAACAGUAACAGAUUAUUUUGGCAAGCCAAUUCUGAAAAUCUACCUUGGCAGGUCCACACCUGUUGUCUUGUAUAGAAUAAUAUAAUUUGAAGCUUUUAUCAGCUGUACCUUCAAGGGUGUACUUCAUGUGUUAUUGUGAAGAUGGUAAUAGAAUAUUUUUGUAUGACCUUUCUUAGUGUUUAUUUAAAACAAAACCCUCUGAAUUGA